GAAAAUUCUUUUGAAGUUCAGAGAAGAUAUGCCAUUCUUUUUUCUCAUUCAACCUUUCUCUCUCUACAAUCAACUCUCUCCCUAUCUCUCUCUCUCUAUAUAUAUAUUUCCAUUGAUAAGUUCAUCACUCCAAACAAAAACAAAUUCUUUUUUGAAAACCUGCAAUUUUUAUAAAGGUGGUAGAGAUUAUAGUGAUGAUGAUGAUGCAUGUGUUAAGGAUUUUUCAUAUAAUCUCUUAAUUUUUUUAAAAUGUUUACCACCUUCCUUUUUCUCUUCAUAAUCUCAACCCCCUCUUAGUUUUUUCGUUUCUUUUCUUUUCAAUCGUUCUUCUACGCCGUCGCCGCUGCCGUCUCCUCCUCAGAUGUGAGGUGAUCCUGGAAAAAAGCCAAACAAUACAACUGAUAACAGGAUCAAAGCUAAUAUGGUGAGCUUAAGAAGACGAAAACUCCUGGGACUUUACUCUGGCAAAGCGUCAUUUGUUGCUCCAGUUUUGAAGUUUUCUGAAAAUUUGACUGCUGAAGAUCAUGUGCACUGUACGAGCUUCGUUAGGGUUUAUCCCAUCUGUUCAGAUAAAGUUAACAAGAUAGAGGAGAAUCCAACUGCAAAUAUAGAGCCCGAAUCAUCAGGGGUAUCUGUUUUGGAUACAUCAAAAGAGCAAAUUGACACGACAAACGACGAGCCAAUUGCAGACCCUCCUGUAAAGCGCAGAAAGAGACACCGGAGAAAGCAUUUUCCUGACGAAUCUUUCUUAAUGAGAGGUGUUUAUUUCAAGAACAUGAAAUGGCAGGCUGCUAUAAAGGUUGACAAAAAACAAAUACACUUGGGAACUGUAGGAUCACAAGAAGAGGCUGCUCAUUUGUAUGACAGGGCUGCUUUCAUGUGUGGAAGGGAACCCAACUUUGAGCUCCCAGAAGAGGAGAAGCAAGAACUGAGAAAGUUUAAUUGGGACGAAUUUCUAGCAAUGACUCGCAACACGAUUACUAAUAGAAAACAGAAAAGGCUCAGCCCAGAAUCAAAGAAGUCUGAACUUUCUUCGCCUGGGAAUGACGACUCUAACAAAAGACAUGACAAGUUCAUUGACCCCUCAUUUCUAGAAGAUGUGGAACCAGUUGCCUCUACAUCUUGAGAUUCAAGAGGAAAAAAAAUUAGUUCUCCCAUCUCUAACAUCUCAGUUCAAGUAUGGCGACCUGCAAAUUUGGUGUUUUUAGUUUUUGGGCUGGGCACAUCAACCUCAUGGAAAUUUUGGAUGUACAUCAUUUUAGUAGUCUAGGCAAAUCUUUAAGGCGUUGAGCCGAUUGAUGGAGUGAUUUACGGUGAUAGGUGCUGAUACAAGACAUACUCAAGACGCAAGAUGGCUCCUAUCGUGAUUUACGGUGAUAGAUGAGGAAGAAGAUUAGCCAUCUUACGUUCAAAGUUAAAUGUCUUUAUUAUUGGUCUUCACUGCUAUUAUUUGAAGGUCUCUUUGUAUACCACAGUAUUUUCACAUUAGAUUUUUUUUUUUUUUUUUUAAAAACAAUACUUUUAGGAAAAUAAAAGACAAACUAAAUCCUAUUUAAAUUCUUUUAUUUCACUACGGACCAGUAACGAUUGAAAUGAGAAGUUUUCAGCCCAAAAGGAAGGAUUUUCAUCAA